AUGGCAAAGCCACCUUUCUUAUUGCUUUUCUUGAUGUUCUUUUCCCAAAUCUUAACUUGUAUCAUCACUGUUGGUGCUUUUGGCAAAUGUCUCAGUGAUCAAAGGUUAACUUUGCUUCAGUUCAGGGACGGCCUGCUGUUCGAUUCAACACUUUCGAACAAGCUGGUGCACUGGAAUCAGAGUGGUGACUGUUGCAGCUGGGGUGGAGUGGCAUGUGAUGUUGUUGGCCAUGUUAUCAGCCUGGAGCUAGAUAAUGAGACAAUAUCAGUAAAAAAUGAAGAUUGGAAAAGCCUUUUCACUCUCCGACAUCUUGAGAGACUAAAUCUGGGUGACAAUAACUUUGAUUCUGUCGAAAUCCCUGAGGAACUUUCUAACCUCACAAGGUUGAAGUGUCUAAACUUGUCAAAUACUGGUUUCACCGGGCAGAUUCCACUUGGUUUGUCGAGAAUGAAGAGCUUGGUUACUCUUGAUCUCUCCAACCGUUUACUAGACCGGAGAAUACAAACAAAGAAUAGUCCGGGAGGUUUAAAAGCGUUGUUUAACAAUCUAACCGAGCUGAGAGAACUUUAUCUUGACGGUGUCAAUAUUUCAGCUGAAGGGAGCUUGUGGUGCGAUGUUUUCUCAUCUUUGUCUAAGCUACAAGUUCUGAGUUUAACUAGCUGUCACCUCUCAGGUCCUAUAACCUCUUCCCUUCUUGAUCUUAGUUCGCUAACCACCCUCACACUCGAUAACAACAAUCUCUCAACCGUAGUUCCCGAAUUCUUCUCAAGCUUCACAAAUUUGACUUCUUUGAGUCUUGUCUCUUGUAAUUUAAUGGGGAAAUUUCCGGAGGAGAUUUUUCAGUUACCAACACUGCAGCGUGUAUUGUUGUCAGACAAUCCCUUUCUCAGGGGAAGUUUGCCAGAGUUUCCCAACCAGGGGUCCUUCACCGAGAUCAUCCUCAGUGAGACAAACUUUUCAGGUUCUUUACCAGACUCUAUCGGAAACCUUCAAGCGUUGUCUAGGAUAGAUUUGCGGACUUCCAAUUUCAGCGGACCAAUUCCUGCCAAUUUGUCGAAUCUUGAAAAUGUGGUCUACCUUGACUUAUCACAUAACAAGUUCAAUGGUUCUGUUCCAUCAUUCCAGAUGUCCAAGAAGCUCGUGCAUGUAGACCUGUCCCAUAAUUCUUUUACUGGUCCUGUUCCUUUCGCCCAAUAUGCAGAUCUCAGAGAUCUUGAAUCCAUUAACAUGGGGUAUAAUUCCCUGACAGGGAACAUUCCCUUGUCUCUGUUUACUCUCCCGUCCUUGCAAAAACUCAAACUUUCUAAUAACAAGUUUGAUGGUCUGAUGAACGAAAUUCCCAAUGCUAGCUCCUCUUUACUUGAUGUACUGGAUCUCAGUAGCAACUAUCUUGGAGGAUCCAUUCCAAAGUUCAUUUUUGAACUCAAAAGGCUUUCUGUCCUCUCACUUUCAUGGAACACUUUUAGUGGAACUGUAAGUCUAGAAAUGUUCCAGGGGCUCCCUCAUCUUUCUGAACUUGACCUUUCUUACAACAAUUUGUCAAUAGAUGCACUAGCAAUACAGAAUCAAUCCGGAACGAUACUUUUAGACCUAUCAUUGAACCAUAUCACAGGGCAGAUUCCAAACUGGAUUUGGGAUGUUGGAGGAGGAUAUCUUCGGCAGCUAAACCUUUCUUUCAAUCUUUUAGCAGAAAUUCAAAAGCCGUACACCAUUCCUUCUGCUCUCCUUGUGCUAGACUUACAUGCCAAUCAGCUCAGGGGUGAAAUACCCACUCCACCGCUGCAAUUCAUAUAUCUAGACUACUCUAGCAACAAUUUUAACCCAUCUAUUCCACCCAACAUAGGUGAUUACUUGUCCUAUGCUGUUUUCCUUUCUCUUUCAAAUAAUAGCAUCACUGGAGCUAUCCCUGAAUCCAUAUGCAAUGCAACUUAUAUAGAAGUUCUUGAUUUGUCUAAAAAUGCCCUGAGUGGUAAAUUACCAGCUUGUAUUCUAGGAAUGGAGUUUCUUGGGGUAUUAAACCUAGGGGAAAAUAACCUUCACGGUCUGAUUCCUAAUGCAUUCCCAGACAAAUGUAGCCUAAGAACCUUAGACCUCAGGAUGAAUGCCCUUGAAGGGAAGAUACCAAGAUCGUUGCAAAAUUGCAAACAGUUGCAAGUUCUCAAUGUUGGGAAAAAUAAAAUGGAAGACACAUUUCCAUGCAUGUUGAUGAAAGCAACAGAUUUGCUAGUCCUUGUUCUGCGAUCCAACAGGUUUCAAGGUGAAACUGUCUGUCCUCGGUACAAUCACAGUUGGACAAGUCUUCAAAUUUUGGACAUUGCUCACAACAACUUUAGUGGUGCUUUGUCCCCAAAACACUUCUUCAAUUGGAGAGUAAUGAUGACUGAGGAAGAUAAUGAAGCAAAGUACCUGCAAUUUGGCUUCAUGGAACUCAGUAACUUAUAUUACAAGGAUGCUGUGACACUGACUAUUAAAGGGCUUGAACUCGAGCUUGUUAAGAUUCUGAGAGUGUACAAAGUUAUUGAUUUCUCAGGCAAUAAAUUCCACGGGCAGAUACCGAUGACAAUUGGAGAACUCAAACAACUUUACAUUCUCAACUUAUCUCACAAUUCCCUCACUGGCAUGAUUCCAGAAGCAAUCGGAAACUGCACUCAGCUUGGUGUAUUAGACCUCUCAAUGAACCAGCUAACCGGGAUGAUUCCGGUAAAGCUUGCAGGCCUUACAUUUCUUUCAUUUUUGAACCUGUCCUAUAACCAGUUGUCAGGAGAAAUCCCAGUUGGCCGCCAACUCCAAACAUUCACAGAUGCUUCCUUUUAUGGAAACAGAGGUCUCUGCGGAUUUCCCCUAAGCAUAAGCUGCAACAAGUCAGAAGCCAAUGGAUUGUCAUGGAUAAAUGCAUCAUUCGAGUCUGAGAGGGACUCUUCCAGGAAUGAGAUUGAGUGGGAGUACGUUAGUGCUGCCUUGGGAUUUAGUGUAGGGUUAGGAAUCAUUUCCUGGCUGAACUUUUCUAGUCCAAGAUGGUGGGAAAAGUUUAUUGCACUUGUCCUUCAACUCCUCCUGAGGAUUCUGCAUCGGCAGUGGACGUUAAUCUUGAAGCUCCAGGUCCAGAUUUUAGCAAUGUAUCACUUGUCUGUAGAAACUCUUUUACCAUUGGUGAUUACAGUGAUGCUCUGGUUCUUGAAGGACAAGCAUGGAUGGGAUUUUGCAGCUUAG